UACCAACCUUAAGACUCGCAACUUGUUAAUCUCAUUUAGAUGUCUUCUAUGUUGUAUUAUUUCUUUUUUUUUUUUUUUUUAUGGUAGGAAAUUAAAAAUUAAUUACAAAUAAAACACCCCAGUUUUCUUUUGCUCUCACUCAUUUUGACAUUUGCUUAUCUUUUUUUUUCUUUCUCUCUAUCUUUGUUGUUCAGUUAAUGGUUAAUUAGUGUGUUCAUCAUCUCUAGAUUACACAUGGCAUGCAUGAGAAUUGGGUCUAAAUCGGACUCGUUACGUCGCGAAGGCCAAGCUUGGCAUUGUUCAUCUGGCUUAGCAAGUGAUGUUACCAUUGAAAUCGGAGAAAUAUCAUUUCACUUACACAAGUUUCCGUUAAUCUCAAGAAGUGGGCUAUUAGAGAAGAGGAUUGAAGAGUUGACAAGUGAAGAUGGAUCAAACUGCGUAGUGAAACUGGAUCAAGUACCUGGUGGAUCAAAGACAUUUGAAGUUGUUGCCAAAUUUUGUUAUGGAAUGAAGAUAGAGAUUAAUUCCUCCAAUGUAGUAUCACUACGAUGUGCAGGAGAAUACCUUGAAAUGAGUGAAGAAUAUGGAGAGGGAAAUCUUGUUGCCCAAACUGAGGCCUUUUUCAGUGAAGUAUUCAGCAGUUGGACAGAUUCAAUGCAAGCUCUUGUGACGUCUGAACAAGUUCUCCAACAAGCUGAGGAAGCUCAUGUUGUUUCGAGGUGCAUAAACUCUUUAGCUAUUAAAGCAUGUUCAGACCCAAGCUUAUUUGGUUGGCCAGUUAGUGGACAACUUAAGAAUUCCAAGGAGAAGUCUCUGUGGAACGGGAUUUCUUCUGCAAACAAAUCACACAUUACUAGUACUACUACUAGUAGUAAUACUACUACUGCUGCUACUGCUACUGCUACUGCUGAUGAUUGGUGGUACGAGGAUGCAUCUUCUCUUAGUUUUUCACUUUAUAAGAGGCUUAUUAAAGCUGUUGAAGCAAGGGGAAUGAAACCCGAAAGAGUUUCUGGUUCAAUCAUGUUUUAUGCUACCAAGAAUAUUCCUCUUUUCAAUAAACAACUUGAAAAUGAUACUGCAAAGCAAGGAUCAGAGGCUUCCACUGCUCAUUCGUCUGAGGUUGACCAAGGGAACCUUCUUGAAGAUAUAGUAAAUCUACUUCCUGCACAAAAAGGCGUUACACCAACCAAGUUUUUUCUUAGAUUACUCAAAACAGCUAUCAACUUACAUUGCAAUCCUCCUUGUUUGGAAACUUUGGAGAAAAGAGUAGGAGCACAACUAGACCAAGCCACUUUGGUAGAUUUGCUUAUUCCAAACACAGGAUAUGCGUUGGAAACUUUGUAUGAUAUAGAUUGUGUUCAGAGGAUUGCUGAUCAUUUCAUGAAAAUGCAGUUAGGUGUAUCAGAAACAUCUUCUCCAACAACAGCAGAAGAUGGUGUGCACUUGAUAAAUGCAUCUGAAUCUAUUGCUUCCAUGACUUUGGUGGCUCAACUUGUCGAUUCUUAUCUUGCUGAAGUUGCCCCAGAUGUCAAUGUUAAGCCUCCCAAAUUCCAAGCUCUUGCUGCUGUCAUUCCUGAUUAUGCAAGGCCUAGAUACGAUGCUUUCUACCAUGCUGUUGAUAUCUAUCUCAAGGCACACCCAUGGCUCACAGAGUCAGAGAGAGAACAAAUUUGCAGGUUGAUGAAUUGUCAGAAGCUGUCACUAGAAGCCAGUACUCAUGCAGCACAAAAUGAAAGAUUGCCACUUAGGAUGGUAGUCCAAGUCCUUUUCUUUGAACAACUAAGGCUUCGAACUCAGAUCUCUGGAUGGUUUUUCUUAUCUGAUAAUGUUGAUAGCUCGCAAAAUAGGGAUCAGGAUGAGAUUGUAGACCAGGAUCGAGCUUUGGUGGUUGCCGGUGACGUCAGGAACCGUGUUUCUGAGCUUGAGAAGGAGUACCAAACUAUAAAAAAAGAAAUACAGAAAAUGGCCAAGACCAAGAAAAAAUGGAGCAUAUUUUCUAGAAUGUUUGCCAGACCAAAACCGCGAGCUACUGUUCAGUUGAUCCAUCCAAAACCCGCUCUUAUAAAAGCGCAACAUUCAUCUCUUCUCAAAAACCAAGAGUUGGAAAAUAAAAAAUUUCCAGAAAUAGAAAAUACAAAUCAAAAUUAGA